AUGGAGAAAAUAGAGCCCUCAGAACACCUCGAGGGUAACGUUGAAGUUGAAAGAAAGAAAGACGCCUCGCUAGAUGCAGCUACUACUAACAACCCUGAAGAAUUCGACUAUGCACGCAACAAACGUCUCAACCGCCGUCUCGACAUCCGCAUUCUCCCACUAUGCUGCUGGCUCUACCUGCUGAACUUCCUCGACAGGGGCAACAUCGGCAACGCGAAGGUGCUGAACCAGGAGACUGGCAACGAUCUCCUGCACACGACGAACAUGACGCCCACUAACUACGCGCUAACGGUGUCGCUAUUCUCGGUGGCGUACGCGCUCUUCGAGGUGCCGUCGAAUUGGAUCAUGAAGCACUACAUCCGUCCGUCGGUUUGGUUGGCGGUUCUGCUGGGCUGCUGGGGGGCUUUGACGUUGGGGUUUGCGGGGGUGAAGAACUAUCCUACGGUUAUUGUGUUGCGCAUGCUUAUUGGCGUGUUCGAGGCAGGUUUCUUCCCAGGCAUCGUCUACCUCAUAACAAUCUGGUACCGGCACAACGAGCGCUCCGUCCGCAUCGCCCUCGUCAUCGCCUUCUGCAACCUCGCCGGCGCAUUCGGAGGCGCCAUCGCAUUCGGCAUGGCGACCGUCAACGGGGCCGGCAAUCUCGAAGGGUUCCGCUGGCUCUUCAUAAUCGAAGGCACCAUCACAAUCUUGAGCGUAGUGCCCACCCUCCUCAUCUUGCCGGAUUAUCCUGCUCGUGCCAAGUUUCUGAGUCCGUCGGAAAAGAGUUUCGCUGAGGAUCGGCUUAAGGAGAGGGGCGGGGGGUAUAAUAGGGAGCAUGCUACUCGGAAGGAGCUUGUUCAGACGCUUUUUAGCCCUCGAAUGUUGGCGCACUACUUUGCCUAUAUUGCCAAUGUGGUGACUCAAGGCUCGUUUACGUUCUUCACUCCUACCAUCGUCACUGGUUUGGGGUAUACGUCGAUUCAAGCCCAGCUGUUGACAGUUCCGCCAUGGGUCGUCGGAUUCGUCGUCGCCAUCCUAGUCUCCUACUCCGCCGACCAUUUCAACGCCCGAGGCUACCACAUCACCGUAUCCUCCGUGAUCGGUGGCAUCGGCUGGCUAAGCGCCGGCCUCCUACCCCCAACGGCAUACACCUCAAGAUACGGAUGCCUGUGCAUGGCCGCCGUAGGCGCCUUCCCCGUAGCGCCAGCGAUGACCAACCUCACCGUCUGCAACACCCCUAGCAUGCUAACGAUCCCGCUAGUCAUCGCGCUGCAUAAUUCUUGCGCAGGGAUCGGCCAGGUAAUCGCGCAGUGGAUAUGGAAGGCGGACGAGGCGAAGGACGGCUACCCGACUGGCAAUUUCGUGUGUGCGGCGUGCAACUUCUUUGUUGCGAUAGUGAUUCUUAGCUUGAGGCUGUGGUACGGGAGGAUGAACAGGAAAGGGGUGAAGGAUGCGAGGGGAGAGAAGAGAAUCUGGGCAUAUUGA